AUGAUUAGCUGCUCCGAGUUGGGUACGUAUUUUCCGAAAUGCUUGACGACAUUCCUCUUUAUAUGUACGGCUACGAUAACUGUGCUAAAUGUGACUGUAUUCAGAGGCCCUGGAAUUGUCAUUUUGGGUAUAAUGCUAAGUGCGAGCUUAUUCACAUAUUUCAAGGUCUUCAAGACAGGUCCUGGAAGCCCACUGGAUUUUUCCGCAUUGCAUAUUUCUGAUCUGACGGCUGCUGACCAAGGUCUCGAACUUCCACCUAAAUUUCUCACUGAAAGGUCUGUCACAUUAAAGCGAAACGGAAGAUACAGAUUUUGCCGUAUUUGCAAGGUCUGGAAGCCGGAUAGAUGUCAUCAUUGCUCUGCAUGCAAUAGGUGCAUACUAAAAAUGGAUCAUCAUUGCCCGUGGUUCGCUGCUUGCGUUGGUUUCCGCAAUCAGCGCUAUUUUAUACAGUUUCUGCUGUACUCUUUGGCAUAUUCUGCCCUCAUUUUUUUUUGGGCAGGAAUAGACAUUCUAUUGUGGUUUCGUCAUGAAACUUACAAGGAAGAAACCAUAAACCUAUCGUUAUUAGUCGCGUGGAUCUUUUCGGUAGUCGUUCUCAUAUCUAUGAGUUUUUUUUCAGGCUACAGCCUAUACAUGAUCACUGCUAACAAGACUACCAUUGAGAUGUACGAAUCGUCCGAACAACAGUCACGUCUAAGUCUUUUUGAUGAAAUGCACGGCACAAACACAUCCGCGAACACCAAUUUGUUCGAUUUAGGCUCUGCAUCCGCCAAUUGGCAGGAGGUGAUGGGCUGCUCUUUGCGUGAAUGGUUUCUUCCUAUCGAAAUGGACGUACAGACGCGAAACAGGUACAGCCUUGAUGAACAUGGCCUGUAUUUCAACGUGAACUCCGAUAUGCAGCACCAAGUUCAAGAAAGUAUGAACUUGCAGGAACAACUCAUGAGAAGACUAACACCACGGCCUUCAUACGAUGGCGAUAGAUUGCGCCCUAUUGACGCCGCCGUAUGA